GGCUGCGUUUUGUCCCUGGUUCCUGGGGCGCGACUGUUCUGAGCCUGGCGUCGCUCCAGGGCCCGAGGAGGGAUGGGACGCCCGGGCGUGCUCCAGGGGACCCGGGGCUUCCCCGCCGCUGGAGCGGCCCGAGGGCGCGGCACAGGGGGCGGAGGCUGGGUUCAUCCCAGGCCGGUCUCCGCACUUCUUGGAGCUGGUUUCCUCGGAGAAGGGAGCAUUGGCCUUUCCUUCAUCCGGCCAAAGAUGCCUCUCUUUGGAAAUACGUUCAGUCCCAAGAAGACGCCCCCUCGGAAAUCUGCUUCUCUCUCCAAUCUGCAUAAUCUGGACCGGUCAACCCGGGAGGUGGAGCUGGGCCUUGACUAUGGAACCCCCACUAUGAACCUGGCAGGGCAAAGCCUGAAGUUUGAAAAUGGCCAGUGGAUAGCAGAGAUGGGGAUUAGCGGGGGUGUGGACCGGAGGGAGGCUCAGCGCCUACGCAGGCGGAACCAGCAGUUGGAGGAAGAGAACAACCUCUUGCGGCUGAAGGUGGACAUCCUGCUGGACAUGCUCUCUGAAACCACCGCCGAGUCCCACUUGAUGGAGAAGGAAUUGGAGGAACUGAAAAGCACCAGCCGCAGGAGGAAAUGAAGACCCUGAAGACAUUCGCUAGGAGGAAAGGGAGAAGCCCACCGAUCAGAGGAGGUGGAUGUGGCCGAGGGGUUUUUCUAGCCGAACUAGUGGACCCGAGUGUCCUAUCACGGGGCCAGAAGGCACCGGCCCCCUCGGUUUGGCAGCGGGAACACACUGGUGGAAGCCAGGACUCCCUCCAGGCCAGGGCAGUCCUAGGAAUGAGCCCUGGGAUGCUGUCUAGUCACUCCACGUACGAAUGCACCUUCCCAGGUUCGCCCUCACCGGAGUGAUGCUGUGGCCAAAGCAGCUGAAGUUCAUUGUCUCCCCCCUCACGCUGGUGUCCGGGGUGUGGCACCAGUUCUAAAGCGUCCUGCCUCAGGGCCCUUGGAUGAGCAGCUCUCCUGGUCCUCCGCUCCCCCACCCCUCCCCCCAGGCCUACUCGCUUUGUCCUUUGAAGAAUACUCAGUCCCCAGAUCCACAGCCUCUUCUGGCUUCAGCUUGUCAGUGGCCAGCACCAGCCUUCCACGGGCAACACUGCAUUUUUGUGCUACUUUCCUGUUUACACAUUUUUCUGAAAAUUAAAUGCUGGUAUGUAA